AUGUUCCUGUACAUAACAAGGCAAAUUCGCAAAGCGAUCGCUAAGGGAAGCAAACCGGUAUACUGUGCUCUCUAUGGACACGAAAAAGAGACUACCCCUUGGAUACGGCGAUUGCGAAUCGCGGCCAGCUUCGUGCUUGGUGUUUUGCUGGCAUAUUUGAUGUGGCUGCUCAUUUCGGUCAAUAUUAAUGUAAGCAAACUUUACGGCCACAUUGUGGGAGAGGGCAAGGUGACAGUGGUGUUCCUGCUGCUCAACGGAGUCCUAUAUGUGAUCAGCCCCACUGCUCGUGCGGUGACCCUGCUGAUAUUUGUGGGGCUGCUGGGCCGGGCUGGUCGUCGCUAUUUCCGUGCGGUUGCCUUUGCGUUGAUCAUUGCCGGCCCCAUUGAUAACCUGGUGCGAAAUGCGGGUGAGGUGGCUCGAGUGUUUGCCUGUACCACGGAGCUAACCUACAAUCUGACGAAGACACGCUUCGAUCUGAUGGCCAGGCCCUUUACGAACACGCUGCAGUACAUGGCCGAUGACUUAAUCGAAAUACAAGGCAAUUUCAAGCAGCUACAGGACAUUCUGAACGAUCUCAAGUACGCCGUGAAGCACUCGGACAUUGAGGAUGAUAAAUUUGGUAACAAUAAGCCCCGACGAGCUGCGAAUAUGUCUGUUGAGGAAUCCAAUAGUACCAGCUCCAAUGCGCAGCUGCCCAAAGCGGCCGAUGUGCAGAGCCAGUUUUUGCGCAAUUUGCGUAAUCGCUGCAAGCAUCAGCUGCGCAGUGGACAUAAGGUUUGCCAGGAGGUAUUCCUACAAGGCUAUCGCAAGUGUAGCUCCAAUUUUCCAGACUGGCUGGCAAGCGCCAUAUGCUGGCCCUAUCGGGUCGAUAUUAUAUGCAAGGUCAAUAUGUUUGGCAAUCCCGAUAAAAUCUGUGACGCCUCCAAGGUGGUGCCGGCUAAUUUUGGCAGAACAUAUGUUAAGAUGCUGCAAGCGGAGCAUGAACUCUUCGAGAAUAGCACGAAUAUCGAGAUAACAUAUCAGGUACAAAACAUAUCAACAUCAGCUCAAUUGCAAAGUGCACAGGCAACGGCCGAGGAGGUUAUCGCGGAGUUUGAGCGCAAACGGCGCACAUUUAAGUGGGUCAUGAUGAUUAUUGAGAAGAUUUUAUGCCUAAUGAUCUUGGGCGUGUUGUAUGCAUCCUUCGAAUACCAUUAUCGAUAUCGUGUCAAUAUUGAAUUCGAUAACUUCUACAUCACGGACUAUUUCGAGCAUGUAGACGCUCGCCGCAAGGACGCCAAAUUGCGCUCACUUUUACCACUGCACAACCACGAGAAAUCCCGGCUUGUGAAUGUCAAUCGAAUAUGCAGCCACAAGCAGGAGCAGGCCAACUAUAUUUGCUUGUACAUGUUACAGUUCUCGCUAGAGGUUGUUACCGCUGGCUUGUUUCUGUUGCUGGACCACAUGGUUGUGACUCUACUGACCAUCAUACACCGACGAUCAUUGAUCACUUACCAUCAGGAGGGUGAGCACGAAGUUCGCUUUCGCAUAAAUGGCACUGGCCUGAUGGCUCGUCUGCUGCGCACCACAAUGAAAAACUUCAAUAUACACGAACGUGUCUCCACCUCGUUGAGCAACGAAGCUUGUCUGCCAGUGGCUCAUGUAUUGCCAAGCAGCUUUUACUUUAAGCUGAUUCUCCUAUAUCUGGCCAUCGUUUUGCUGAUCUUCCAGAGUGCCGCCUUCAUGGGAUUGCGUCGCGUCAUUUGCAGCUACUUCUACUACAAGCGGGAGAAGCAACGCAUCCUCUUUCUAUACAGCAGCAUAUUGCGCAAACGGAAUUCCAUUGUCGACGAGAUGCAUAUUCGGGCCGAGGAGAAUAUGGCCUUGCGCCACGUCCAGGGUGAGGUCAACAUAUUGUUUGUGCUGCGUAUGUCCUAUCCCAAUAAAUUUGGCUGGCUGCGAAAUUACAAUGUUGCAAAGCGGAAAUGUCUCACCUGCAAUGCUCUGGAAGAUAGUAAAUUUGUCUACUGUCCAAGAUGCGGCUUUCCAUUCUGCUGGGAGUGCAGUCGGGACAUGAAGAGGAUGUGCGUCAACUGCGAGGAGCUUCUGCCCAUUGAUGCGACAACUGACAAAGCUAUCACAAGCGAUGAGACCAGUGUGGAUGUGUAUACCUAUCGAAAGGAAAAGUAGCUUUACUCUUAUCAACUUGAGAAUACUCCUCUCUCGUUAAUAUAAUAAUAUAAUGUAAAUAA